AUGUCGUCCUAUAAUUAUCAUCUGGGCAGCAUUAUAAAAACAAUCUUCAAUUUUCAUGAUCGGAUUAAUCUAUUCGUUAAUUCAGCCAUCAGUUCCAUUAAAUCGUGGAAGCGGGCUCUUUUUCGUGUUGUCUCUGACGGUGAGAUUGGUGGCGUCCAAAAGAGACCCUUGAUUAUCAAUGGAAUGCUGUUGAUAUCAAUUCUUUGUAUUUUAUCAUUUAUUUUAAGUAUUCUUUCUAAUAAUGGUGGCAUAUCAAAAUCAGGUGUGGAAAUUGAGCAAGAAAUUGAUCCAAAUGAUGCCAAAAACGGAGCUGAAACACUUUCUGCAGACCCUUUUACCCUAUUUCACGUUGUGACUGGCAAAUAUUGCAUUCCAAAAAUUUCCAAUGCCCUUACAACAUAUAGGCAAAUGGAUUGCGGAGAGGAUGCCUUUAAGGUCAGACAGUCUGAUGAUGGCACAUCCUGGAUCAUCGGUAACUGGCUUUUCGUAAUUUGUAGCCGUGGCCGAUGGCUAGACUGUCUUACAUCCGAAUUCUACUCAAAAGAUGAAUAUCGCCACUUGACGCCGAAAAAGCUGCUAGUAAAUUGCGUGAAUUCAAUUCAAAAUUCUUACAAGACACAACUGUACAGUGAUCCGGUGAAUGCUUUUAAAAUUGACGGAAGCUCGACGGCCGUUGUUUUAAAAAUCAAUUGCGAAAGACCCAACAGUUGUGAUUUAUUUGCCGCCAACUUGGGCGAUUCUGGAUUUGUUGUUUAUAAGUUGGCGGAUACCGAUUCCAAAUGGGUGGAGGUCAUGCGAUCAGUUGAGCAGCAGCAUUCAUUCAACUUCCCAUUUCAAGCUGCAGCAAAUCCAUCUCUGGGAGAUUCGCCGGCUAAUGCUGAGGAGUAUGGAAUGACAUUUGAGGAGAGGUCCUCAUAUCUUGCACUAGUUGCUUCAGACGGGCUUUUUGACAAUCUAUUUCGCGACGAAAUUUUGGACAUUUUGAAUGGACACACUUCCAACAUUACGUCCAUGGUAUUACAUUCACUUUCAAAAGAGUUGGCAGAGAAAUCGAUUUUGGUCGGAAAUAGCCGCACCGUUUGCGGGCCUUUUUGUAAAAAUGCCCAAGCUCACGGAUACAAAUUUUCCGGGGGGUACCUGGGAGAAUACGUUGGAGGGUACAUGGAUAACAUUUCGCUAACCAAAUCUAGGAAACUUGAUGACACCUCAAUAGUCCUUGCAUACAUAUCAAUUGACAGCCCCAAAUAG